GCGCGGCUGGGGAAGGCGGAAAGGAGGGGAGGGAGGGCAGGCAGGCGGGAAGGAAGGAAGGAAGCCAGGAAGGAAACGAGCAAGGGAGCAGGGCGGGUCGGGCAGCCAGAAGCGGGUGUCGGACAGCCCGGAGCGGAGCUCGGCCCGCGCUCAGGGCUGCUCCCCGGGGCGCGGCGCUGGAAGGCCCCGCAGCGGGUGCGGGGUAAAUGAACGCUGUGAGGGCUCGGCCUUAGAGCGGGGAGCUCCGGCUGGGAGGAGGGAAUGCCUGCCAAGGCUGGAGCGGGGAGCACCUCAUAGACUUGAGCUGCACCAGGGCGGGUUUGGGUUGGACAGCAGGAGGAAUUCCUUCACUGAAGGGCUGAUCAGACAUUGGAAGGGGCGGUGGUAGUGCGGUCCCCGUUCCUGGAGGUGUUCAAGGAAAGACCGGAGUAGCGGGCGGUCACAGGUUGGAUUUGGUAAUCUCAGAGGACUUUUCCAGCCUCGGUGAUUCUGGGAUUCUUGCCCUGGCCGGGGGUGGUUCGCUCCGGGCUCCUGCCGCAGGUGCCGUUCCUGCCGCUGGCGAGUGGAGCUCGCCUGUGCUAUUGCUUUUGGGAGGUUAUUGCUCCUUUUGUGUUCGUUGUAAGCGUGCUUCCAGCAACGCUUUAAGAUUGCAUCUUUCUGUGUUUUUAACCAUGAAGUAAUCUCAGGCUUUUCUCAUGGCACUGCUCUUCAGCCCUUAGGCUUAUUGUAAAGUUCUCUCCACUUGACUCUACUACAUCUCUGCCUCGAGCUGGGAUGCUAAGCCUUGUUUAUUUUUGAAUGUGUUGUCUUGUUUUGGGCUUUUUUUUGGCAAAUACUUCAACUUUCUUCAAUUUCAGAAGUGACCAUCUAGUUCUUGCUUCAGCUGUAAUUAAUGGAGGAGAUUGUUUCCUCUUGAGGGCCUCUAACUUGUACAUUACAACUUGCAAUCAUGAGAAGCCAAAAUUUAAUACUAGGUCACCAAACCUGACUAGAGGUGUCUGACUUUAAGGCUUUUCCCCAAAAUCAGGGUAUGCUUGCAAAGUAAGCAAAGUUGGCAGGCAGCGAGGGUGGUAAGGCAGAGGCACAGAGAAGCUGUGGCUGUCCCUUCCAUGAAGUGUCCAAGGCCAGGUUGGACAGAGUUUGGGGCAACCUGGGACAGUGAAAGGUGCCCCUGCCCAUGGCAUGACAUAGCUUUAAGAUCCCUUCCAACCCAGAGUGUUCUGGAAUUCUAUGCUGUCUGUCUCCUCAUCUCUCUGCCCACUGAAAAUUGAUUCUGUGUAGGUGUGAUUAGAAUGAAAGACGAGAGCUGCUGCUGUCUAAUGUCUGCUGUUGCCACCUGGAGAACUCUGGAAUGCUGUCAGCAGCUCAGGGGAUCUGCUCAUCUGCUCUUCUCAGCACCCUGCCCUCAGCAGAACCACAAAGUUGUUCUGCAUACUGAUUGAGUUUUUUUAAGCACAAACAGGACCAAAGACAGACAAAACAGUGUCAGAAUAGGGAUACGAUUUUUUUAAUGUUUGUGGUUUAAAACUCAGCUUCCAAGGACAGGUUUUAAUCCCUGAAUUGUGUUUUAAAGUGCUGUAGAAACAUGAUAGAAGAUUCUUUGGGAAAGAGAACAAAGCUGAGCCUACAUUUGUGCAAGUCUCCCUUGCUGUGACCUGCUCCCCUUUUGCUGAUUGCUUAAUAUUGCCAUAUCAGUCUUUGAGGGAAGAUGUUGGAAGGAUACAUCCUCAGUACUUGGAAAGUGUGUAGAUUUUGGAAACAUAAGUUUGCAUUAAUAACUCUGGACAAGUUUAACCAUUUUUGUGUUAGCUGCAGUCUUAUGGAGACAUUGGAAUAAAUGUUAGCUUCCUUUUUAUUUCCCAGUUUUGGCUUUAAUGUAAACCCUUCUUGCUUUCACCAAGAUGUGAAAUUUCUUUGGGUAUGCAUGCAUUUGUGACUUAAAAGGUGUAAUUUUUAACUGAAGCAAUGUACUACUACUGUAAAGCUGUUCAACUUAUUUUUAUAAUUUAAAAGGAAUUUUAAGGAGUUUGUGUUUUUUUUAAAUUUCCACCACUGUAUAAACAUCCAGUGUUUUCAGAGUGUGGUGGUAAACUGCAUGGUCUCUUAACCUGGUCUGUAAUAGAGGCCUGGAAAAUAUUUAAUUUAUGGAUGAAUUCUUACUGCUACUUGCUUGUGUUUUCUCUCUGAAGUGAGAAACUUCCCUGUCAGAGGUGGAUCUCGGGCUGGUCCCUUUGAAGCCCAAAUAUUCCUGUUCCUCCACAGUCUGGUGCUCUCAGGAGAUCUACCAGUCCAUCUGUGUUGAGUUCACACAAGUGCAGAGUUGUUCAAGUGCAGAUUCUCAUUGCUACUCUCUGAAUUUAUUAGAUCACAUGAUUAUAUCAUUGCAGUUUGGUAGUGCUGGAUGAUGGCAUUUGGUAUAUUUUUCUGGUAGAAAAAUUUGUUUUCCUCUGUUUGGCUUGUAAGUUCAUGAAGGUGCCAUUGUUUUUCUCACCUGUAAUUGCAUGCUCUUUGUAUGUCUUUUAACUUCUUUGGUUUGUGGGCCUCUGCUUGUCCUGCAGUUGGAUGGAGGAGCAGCCUGGUUUGUGCAUUGCCACGGGUGACCACCGCUUUCCUGUACUUCCCUGGUACUGAAGCCACCAGGAUUUAGUGAUGGAGGCUUUGCUGGAAGGAAUGCAAAGAAGUGGGCAGGGGAGCGGUGGGUUCUUGACCUCCUGUGAGGCCGAGCUGCAGGAGCUGAUGAAGCAGAUUGACAUCAUGGUGGCUCACAAGAAAUCUGAAUGGGAAGGGCAGACACAGGCUUUGGAAGCUUGUCUGAGUGCCCGGGAGCAGGAACUUUCCUCUACCAAGGCAGCUCUGCAGGAAAAACAAAAGGAGGUUGGCAUGUUGCGUCGCCAGGUCGAAGAUGUGGAAAAAUCCAAGCAGGGUAUGGUUAGAGAGUAUGAACAGCAGCUGAAGAAAUUCCAGGAAGAGUUGUCCCGGCUGAGGAGGAGCUAUGAGAAGCUGCAGAAGAGAAAAACAAGAAGCAGAGGAGAAGCUAACAAGGGACAAGAGGAGGACCAGUUUGAAUUGAGCCGACUGACCAGGAAGCUGGAGGAGUUCCGUCAGAAAUCACUUGACUGGGAGAAGCAGCGCCUGCGGUACCAGCAGCAGGUGGCAUCGCUGGAGGCACAGCGCAAGGCUCUGGCAGAGCACUCUGAGCUCGUGCAGACCCAGCUGGCCAAUCGGAAGCAGGUCCUGGACUCGGUGGAGCUGGCGAGCCGCUCGGAAAUCCAGCACUUGAGCAGCAGGCUGGAGAGGGCCAAUGACACCAUCUGUGCCAACGAGCUCGAGGUGGAGAGGCUCAGCAGGAGGGUGGAUGACCUGAGUGAGGACAAUCGCAUCAUUCUCAAGGAUCAGCAGAGAGUUCAAGAAGAAUUAAGGCAGUCCAAGAAAAUGUUAGAGGUGCUGCAGGAUGAGAAGAUGGAACUGAGAGCCACCUUGCAGUCUCAAGAAGAUUUCAUUGACAGCUCCAAGCUGCACCAGGAACAGUUACAGAAAGAGCUGGCCAGGAUGACUGAAACUCUUCACACAAAAGAGUUGCUCAUCAGGGCCUUGGAGGAGCGCUUGCAAGGGCAGUCAUUGUCCUCUGCAGGGCUGGAGCUGGAGCAGGUGCUGCUGCAGCUGGAUGUUGCCCAGAAGAAGGAGCAGCACUUGCAGUCAGAGGUGGCUCGUCUUGAGAACAGCCUGGUGUCUUCAAAUGCCAGGUGUGUGCAGCUGAGCGAGGAGCUGGGUGAGAAUAUCAAAGAGCUGCAGUCCCUGGAAGAAGACCAGACUGAGUCAAGGGCAGAGAUUAAAAAGCUGAAAGACCAGCUCUCUCAGGCUGAACAAAUGCACAGCAGUGAGCUAGAAGGGAUGAGAAGGGAGAUCUCCAGGCUGACCCAGGAGCUACACCAGCGGGACAUCACCAUUGCCUCGGCGAACGGCUCCACCUCAGACCUGGAGCAGCAGCUCAGAGCAGAGAUUGAAAGAGCAGAGAGGAAAGCAGUGGAACACAGGGUAAUUCUGGUCCAGCUGGAAACCUUGAGGCUGGAAAACCGUCAUCUCUCAGAGAUUCUGGAAAAAACAGAGUAUGGUAAGCUGAAGGGGGAUGAUGGCACCCUGAGAGCCCUGAGGGAGGACUAUGCUGUUGAGCUCCAGAAGUUAAUAUCUGAGAACCAGCAGUUACGGAAGGACCUCGCGGAGACCAGGGCAAAACUGGAGGUCACUGCACCGGGGUGCCCACCUGAACCCGAGGGCACGGCUCAGCAGAGGCAAGGCAAAGAGCCCAGGGAUGUACAGCACAGGACAGCUCAGGAAGAGCUGGAUGAACACACAGAGAGGACACAUCUCCAGCCUGAUGGGACUGCUCAGCGUCAUCACAGAGACUCCCAGAGGUGUGGGGCUGCUGAAACAGGAACUGUGACCCCUGAGAUGGGUGAACCAUCCUCCCAGAGCAGCAGCAAGAACUGCAAGGAGUCAUGUGCCUCGCUGGGAGCAAAGUCUGUGCUCCAUGUGGUGGAUGAAAACAAAGAUUCUGCAGAUGAAGCAUCUAAGCAGCCUGUCUCAAAUCACCACAGAGAAUCUGUAUUUUUGUGCCCCUUGCCUACAGCUUCUGUUGGAUCCAUUGCUGCACGAUACCUGGAAGAUGAAGAAGUGAGAUCCAAGCACAUCCUGGAGUGCCUAAAUGCCCACAUUGAGGAACUGAAAAAAGAGAGUGCAAAGAUAGUGAGGCGAUUUGAACACCAGGAAUAAUGUUUCUUGUGGAAUUGCAAUGCUGGUUUCCGUAUGUGGUUCCAAACUGUCACUGGGAAGGUGCCUGUAUCCAGUUGGGAUUGGAGCUUCAGUGAGAGGCCACGUGUCCCACUUGGAGCUGGAUCAGCAGGAUGGGAGUUGAGGAAAUAGUUGUCUCUGUGCUUGCUCUGAUGUGGGGUGUUAGACCACAAACACUUUAGUCAGCUUGCCUUAGGUCAGAGACCUGCAUCAGAGCUGUGUGCUCACUCACAAAGAUUGUGAUGUUUUUUAAAAGCAAACCAUUUGCUAGUUUUUAUGUGAAGUAUUUAAAGUAUAUUUUAUACAUGUAAGAGCAUUGAAAUAAAUCAGAAUGGCAAACA